GAGGAUUUAAAGCUUACUAUUUAAAAUAAAUAUUUUGUGAAGAGGUUAUCUCAGAAAACUCCAUGAGUUUGUUGUGAAGUCAUUUAUAAAGGUGUAACCUUUAAAACAAAGUUAGUGACAAUAGUUUAUGUACUUUACUUUACUGGAGACUGGAUAAGAAUUUUACGUGUACAAACCAAAAGUUUGAAUUGUUUAAUUCUUUGGUACAAACUAUUUAAAACUGCGAUGAACCGUUUAAGAGCGCUAAUCGGCCCGUCGAUUCUAAACGCUGAUCUUUCUCAGUUAUAUGAAGAAUCUCAUAAACUUCUCAACAAUGGUGCUGAUUAUCUACAUUUGGACGUAAUGGAUGGACACUUUGUGCCAAAUUUGACAUUCGGACACCCAAUAGUUAAAUGUUUACGUUCGAAAAUAAAAGAUGCCUUUUUUGAAACACACAUGAUGGUACAAAAUCCCGAACAAUGGAUUGUACCAAUGGCUGAUGCUGGAGUAAACCAAUACACUUUUCACAUUGAGCCAGUUAAUAAUAUUGAAGAUAUUUGCAGAAAAAUUAAAGAGAAUGGAAUGAAGGUUGGAGUAGCAAUCAAGCCUGGUACUCCUGUCUCAGAAGUGGAGAAGUACAUAGCUCUAUCAGACAUGGUUUUAAUAAUGACAGUUGAACCUGGCUUUGGAGGUCAGCAGUUCAUGAAAAACCAAAUGGCCAAAGUGCAGUAUCUUCGGGAGCAUUAUCCAUUACUAGAUAUUGAAGUUGAUGGUGGUGUAGGCCCUUCAACAAUAAGUUGCUGCGCAGAUGCCGGAGCCAACAUGAUAGUUGCAGGUACAGCAGUGAUUGGAGCAGCAGAUCAAGCAGCAACUAUUAAACUACUUCGAGAUUCAGUACAAAUGGCUAUUGAUAAGCAUUAAGUUACACACAAUAUAGUAUUACAUUCCUACCAGCCAGGAAAGGUG